AUGCACUUUUUUCCUUGUGAUAGAAUUCCAGGAGCUCGCACAAACUAUACUAUAAUUAAAUGUUUGGACAAUGGAAGUUAAGGAUACGUGUAUCAAGUAAAAGGAGAGGAUAAUAAAUUCUAUGCCUUGAAGAGAGUUCUCAAAAUGAAAUCAAGCGAAAUGAAUUUCUUAAAUAAGUAUUUCUAGAAUCAAUAAGAUUUUGCGCCCUUACUCAUUCAUUAUGAAUAUUUUUAGUACAAAAAUAGCUUAAUAAUAAUCUAAGAGUAUUGUACGGGAGGCAAUCUAUAUUAAUUAUUAUAGAAAUAAAAAUUAUCGACCCAAGAUAUUUAAAGGAUUUUAUCAGAUGUAUUUAUAAUAUAACUCGAAGUGUUAAGAUAGUAAAAAUUUUUUCAUAGAGACUUAAAGCCAGAAAAUAUUUUGAUUUAAAUUGAUUCUCUAUAUAAUAGAAAUCACUAUAAAAUUUGCGAUUUUGGAGAAAUUAAAGAAAUCUAAUGUAGUAAUUCCUAAAAUUUGGAUAAGAAAAGUAUGCAAACUAUGAAUGUUGGAACACCAUAUUAUUAAGCUCCAGAAGUUAUUUAAUCCACACUUUAUGAUUCAUCAGCUGACAUCUGGUCUUUAGGAGCCUUAAUUUAUGAGCUUUAUACUACUGAGCCUUUAUUUAAUGGAGUCACUUUAGAGGAUAUAUAAAAAUAAAUUUUAUCCACUUAAUAAGAUCAAAGCGUCAUUUAAUUAAAGAUAGAUUAACUUCAAUGUGAUACUAAAUAUAAGGAUUUAUUAAAAUAAAUGUUAAGCUACGUUGCUUCAGAAAGACCUUCCAUACAAUAAAUAUAAAACACAUAUAAAAUAGAAUCAGCAAUCAAUUUUGGAAAAAUUAAAGAGUAGUCAUAAAUGAGAAUCUAAUAAGCUUAUCUUAGUUUUAGACCUUUGGAGUUUGUUUAAUAAUAAACGGAAGUAUAAAACUUUACGGAAAGCUCAGAUUAACAACAAAAUUUAUAAAAUUAAAAGUAAAGUCCUAAUUUAUAAAACAAUAAGAAUGAUGUUCAAGGAAACUAAUAAAUCAACUAUAAUAGCUAGAAUGCAGAUGUAAAAUAGAAAUUUUAAUAAUUUUAAAAAUUUUAACAAAACUAAGGUAUGAACUAAAAUUAAACAGCUAAAAAUUUCUAUCCUAACUUUCCUAACUUGAAUUAAUAAUUGAUAACAACUCGUAAUCGUCCAGAAUUUUAUUCUAAUAUUCAACAAAAUAAUGAUGAAAGCAAAAUGGACUAAAAAGUCCUAAGUCAAAUGUAAGAAAUCAAAUAAGAAAAUUUUAAAUAAUGUUAAUUCCAAUAAAAUUUUAAUUAAAUUGGUUAAGGAAUCAAUUAAACUGCUUUUUAUUUGCCACCAAAUUUUAACUUUCCUUAAUUUGAUUAAACAUCAGCUAACUCUUAAUAAUUUUAAAACACACAAAAACAGGCUCCAAAAUUUAUGUGGAACAAUAACUAAUAAGAUAAUUAAAGUAAAUCUUAAGAAAAAGGUUAAUUCAAUUUUCAAUAUAAUUAAAAUUUUACCCAAAAAUGGUAGGCUUAGAAUAAAGAAAUGAAAAUUGAAAAUCAAACAUAAUUACCAGUGGAAAAAUAAUAAUUCUAAUAGUAAUAGUAAUAGUAAUACUAUUAAUAAUAAUAAUAAUAAUAAUAAUAAUAAUAAUAAUAGUAGUAUUAACAAUAAUUAUAGCAAUAGUAAUAAUAUCAAUAGUAGCAAUAGUUAUAAUAUCAAUAACAAUAAUAGUGUUAAUAACCAAAAUAAUAAUAGUCUUAAUAAUCAUAGCAAUAAUAGUAUUAAUAACCAUAACAAUAAUAGUAUUAAUAAAUGUAAUAAUAGGAAUAACAAUAAUAGCAAUAACAAUAAUAGCAUUAACAAUAACAAUAAUAGCAAUAGUAGUAAUAUCAAUUGUAGUAAUAACAAUAGCAAUAAUAAUUACAAUAUUAGUAAUAACAAAAUCAAUAAUUACAAUAUUAAUAAUAACAAUAGCAGUAAUAAUAAUAACAAUAUCAAUAAUAGCAAUUAUAGAAGCAAUAAUUAUAAUAAAUUGAUAAUUCAAGUUAAUUUAACCAGUUUUAAGAUAUAAAACCAAACUCUCUGAAAAAUCUAUAAAAUUUAGAAUCAGUUAUUGAAAUGCCUGCAGAUACAGAAUAAUCAAUGGAUAUCAAAUAAUAUGAGAAAAAUACACUAAAUAAAAUUAAUGAGAAAAUAAAAUAAACAUUUAAUAUUCCUCUAAAUAUUAUCGAGAUUUAGGAUUAAGAAGACUUAAAAAAACCAGAAUAUGCAAUGAAAAUUAGAGAGUAUUUAGUUGCAUAGUACCAGAAGAUUAAAUAAAUGAAGGAUAUUAAUCAAUAUGAAGCCUAUAUUCAAAACCCAAGAAUGAGCUCUGAGUACUAUAAUUAUUGA